GGUGCAGAUAUCUGCUCAGUGAAAACAGACAGGUAAGGAACGCUGCAGCUGCACUGCAUGCGGAUAAAACACGAGCCUUCUCUCGGCUCUGCACAAACAGCCCUCAGCAUAUCGGAAAUUCCCCACAUUGUCUCUUACAAAGGUGGCUGCUGCAACAGCCCGCACGUCAGCCGCCUUAAUUAACCAAUCGGCGCUGAUCCUGGUGGCUCCUUGUUCACACUCAGUAUAUUUACUGUGGGCAAAGGGUGUGUGUGUGUGUGUGUGUGUGUGAAGGUGGGCUGAUGCAGCAAGUAGACGAAUCAUGCGAUAUAUUUUUUGAAAAAAGAAACAUCACACUGAUCCCGUUGAAUGGAUGGUCGUUUUUCGGAUGCUGAAAGGUGUGCAGGUGAACCCGCAGGAGGACACACACCGGGGGAAGUGAUGCUUCAGCACGUUGGACAGCUCCGCUCUGAAACCAGGUUCCUUCAGCUUUUCUCUUCAUCUGACCAUCACUGGGCCAAUAAGAUUCCUCUCCAGGAUGACAGGAAACCUGUCUGCUGAUCCUUUCCAGAAUGCCUCUGUUCUCUCCCUCCUGAACUUGUCUGCUCCAACCUCCCCUCCACCUUGGGAAGCUCCGUCCUUCACUGUGGCAGCCUGCUGCCGUGUAGCAGCCACCCUGGUGCUGUUUGUCUUUGCCGCUUGCAGUAACCUGUCUGUGCUGAUCAGUGUGUGCUGGGGGCGGGGCUAUCGCCUUGCAGCACACCUGCGCCCACUCAUCACCAGCUUGGCAUCAGCUGAUCUGGUGAUGACCUUUGUGGUGAUGCCGCUGGAGGCCGUUUGGAACAUUACAGUGCAGUGGUAUGCGGGGGAUAUCAUGUGUAAGCUGCUGUGUUUCCUCAAGCUCUUUGCCAUGCACUCAGCAGCAUUCAUACUGGUGGUGGUAAGCCUGGACCGCUAUCGAGCCAUCCUUCAUCCGCUGGAUUCUCUUGAUGCCGGGCUCAGGAACCGACGUAUGUUGCUCGUGGCCUGGACUCUGAGUCUGCUGCUGGCAUCUCCACAGCUCUUCAUCUUUCGGGCCAUUAAAGCGGAUGGAGUGGACUUCACUCAGUGUGUGACCCAUGGAAGUUUCCGGUACCUCUGGCAGGAGACAGCAUACAACAUGUUCCACUUUGUCACACUGUAUGUCUUCCCUCUGCUUGUCAUGACUUUCUGCUACACCCGCAUUCUCACCAAGAUCAAUGGGCAGAUGCUCAAGAGCAAAGAGGGCGAACACUGCCUAAGACGCAGUGGAACAGAUAUGAUACCCAAAGCCAGGAUGAAGACCCUCAAGAUGACCAUAGUCAUUGUUAGCUCCUUUGUCAUCUGUUGGACACCCUACUACCUCCUGGGCAUCUGGUACUGGUUCCAACCAGCCAUGAUCCAGCACACACCUGAGUAUGUGCACAACAUACUGUUUGUCUUUGGCAACCUGAACACAUGCUGUGACCCGGUCAUCUACGGCUUUUACACACCGUCUUUCCGGGCUGAUCUUGCUGACGUGGUGGCUUGCUGCCAGGGUCGCUGGGCCAACAACGCCUCGCCUCGCUCUGUGGAUCGUCUGUCUGCUCGAAGUGCUGGAGCCGCUGUAGAGAUGGAGUCUGAUCUGAGCUCAAACCAGCACACUGCAAACCCCAGUUAAACAGUGGCAAUUAGACUUUCAGGAAUUAAGCUUUGCUACAAUAUACCCAAUGUCCUUAAUGCAGGCGUCAGCAAUUUUAUACUCAAGGUAAUCCAUGAAUGCAUAAUUGGAUGAUGAGCAACUGGCUUUUCAUGCUCCUUUCAUGCAUCUUGCCUUCCAGUUUGGGGGCAACUACAGUACAUAAAAGCUGAUCUGUGACAAACAUAUGAGACAAUUCAGUCAUCCAUUUCACCUAACAACUCCACACCAGUGCCAAGCGAUGCGCAUGUGAUGCAUGUCAAUACGCAAUUUGUUAUUGUUUCUUUACUUGCACACCUUGAGAAGAACGAAGUGUGAAUACCUGCUUUACAAGUACCCACUGUGUGACUCUAGGCCUAACACAGAGAGGUUAGAUUUGUAUCAAUCUUCUCAUUUCUCUCAGAAAAAAACAAAACAGUAAGAGUAUUUCCUAAAAUGCUUAACUGUCCCUUUAAGAGUCUGUAUUGACACUACCUCUAGGAGAGGAAAAAGACUGAUAAUAGCACAAUUGCCAUUUUUCUGCCUGAUUGUCAAAAAACUACCAGUAGUUUGUAUUGUGUAGAGACUGUUUUUUGGGAAGUAGUGGGAUGUCAUUACUUAUUGAAAUAUAUUAGCUCUGAAAUUCAUACAUAGUGAGUUGGCCCUAUAAAACUCAACAUAGAUUGUGAUAGUCAGUAAUAAAUAAUCUGUUGUUAUGUAUCUGAGCAAUAUAUGUGAAAUCUAUAUAUAAGAAUGUACUGAAUGUGACCGUACCAACAUAAAUACUCUCUGUGUAAGCAGGUGCAAAGUUAAUAAGAGUCUUAUAUGUGCUCAAUAAAAGUCUACUG